AUGGCUACAAAACUGGUAAAAUGCUCAAGAGUAGUAACAUAUUUGCCUAGUCUACAGUCAGCUGUGAUAAGGUGUAGAACAUUGUCUUCUUCUUCUUCUGCUGCUGCGGACACCAGUGGCUUGCAAGUAUCUGAAUCAGCCAUUGAGUCUGCAAAAACUCUGAUUGUAUGUGCGGAUAAACUUUUAUGUCCAAUAAACCCACAAGACAAGAGGUUUCCCUUGCCAGGUGGCACAGCACUGUGUACCACUUCAAGACUGAAUUCAGACAUUAACAUUAAUUCAUUUAAUUCUUCAGUAUUUGAUUCUGAUAUUUUGUUACCUUCACUUCCGUUCCUGAAACACAAUGAUGCAGACUACUUUUUGACCUCAUUUAAUGAAGUUGAUGUGAAUUUUAUAGAUAUGUCUGUAUCCUUUCCCUUACCUUCGGACAAAAUGGAGUACAGGGCACAUAGUUGUCCAGUCCUCUUACGUAAAGGUUGUUCCAUGGAAGGUGAUCUGACAAUUGUUACCAUCAGCCUGAAGACACAGAAUGAUAUGACUCUAUGGUCACAGCAAGUAGAGCAAGAAAGAGAGGAACUGCUUGAAGCAUUUAUCCAAGGGGCUCUAGAAAUAUGUCAGAUGUUUGAAAAAUCUGGUUACUGGGCAGACUUUAUAGAUCCUUCCUCAGGAAAACCUUUCAAAGGUUCGCACACAAACUUUACACUGUUUGAAACAGAUGAGCGCUACAGAAAGUUGGGAUUUGAGAUCCAAGACCUCGGCUGUUGUAAAGUGAUUAGUCAUCCAGUGUGGGGAGCUCAUGCAUACAUUGGCUGCUUAUUUACCUCUGCUCCUAUCGAUCAUUCUCUGAUUGUAAAUUUGCAUGAAUCUCAAUAA